UGCUCCCCCUCCAGCUACAACGACGCCGAGACCAAAUCCACGCUCAUGUUCGGCCAGAGGGCCAAGACCAUCAAGAACACGGCGUCGGUGAACCUGGAGCUCACGGCCGAGCAGUGGAAGAAGAAGUUCGAGAAGGAGAAGGAGAAGAACAAAGCGCUGAGGGAAACCCUGGCGCGGCUGGAGGCGGAGCUGAGCCGCUGGAGGAGCGGCGAGGCGGUGCCCGAGACGGAGCAGCUGAACGAGGCGGAGACCGAGCCCGGGCCGGGGGAGGGGCCGGGGGAGGGCCCGGGGGGACCCCCCGAGGAGCCCCCCCUGAACGACAACAGCUCCUCCAUCGUCAUCCACAUCUCGGACGAGGAGCGGCGCAAGUACGAGGAGGAGAUCCGCAAGCUCUACAAGCAGCUGGAUGACAAGGACGACGAGAUCAACCAGCAGAGCCAGAUCAUGGAGAAGCUCAAGCAGCAGAUGCUGGACCAGGAGGAGGUGCUGGCCGCAGCCCGGGGCGGUGGCGAGGCCGCGCGCCGGGAGCUGGCGGCGCUGCGGGCGGAGCACGGGGCCGCGCGCGCCGAGGUGACCGAGGUGCUGGCGGCGCUGGAGGAGCUGGCGCGGAGCUACGACCGCAAGGCACAGGAGGCCGAGGACACCGGGAGGCACAACCGGCGCCUGGCGGACGAGCUGGCACGGACUGAGGCCACGACGCUGUCGUUGGAGUCGGAGCUGUCGCGGGCGCGGGAGCUCGGGGGGCAGCAGCGGCGCCGGGCGGCCGAGGUGCUCAACGGGCUCCUCAGGGACCUCAGCGAGCUCAGCACCCUCGUGGGCAGCGGGGACAUCAAACUGCCGGUGGAGGUGAGCGGGGCGAUCGAGGAGGAGUUUGCGGUGGCGCGGCUCUACAUCAGCAAGAUCAAGUCGGAGGUGAAGUCGGUGGUGAAGCGCUGCCGGCAGCUCGAGGGGCUGCAGGUCGAGUGCCACCGCAAGCUCGAGGUCACGGGCCGGGAGCUCUCCUCGUGCCAGCUGCUCAUCUCACAGCACGAGGCGAAGAUCCGCUCGCUCACCGAGUACGCGCAGAGUCUGGAGCUGCGCAAGAGGCACCUGGAGGAGGCGCACGACGCGCUCGGGGAGGAGCUGGCGAGGCUGCAGGCGCAGGAGGCCGCUCAGGGGGUGGCCCGGAAGCAGCGGGAGCAGGAUGAGACCCCGGACACCGACGAGGUCAAGGCGGCGCUGGAGCUGCAGCUGGAGAGCCAGCGCGAGGCUCAGCACAAACAGCUCGCGCGGCUCCGGGACGAGGUCAACGAGCGGCAGAAAACCAUCGACGAGCUGCGCGACCAGAAGCAGAAGCUGGAGCUGGAGCUGGAGCGGCUGCGGGCGGAGCACGAGGCUCUGCGGGGGGAGGAGCGAGCCAAGGCCGCGCGGCUGCAGGAGCUCACGCUCCUCCACGAGCGCCACGAACAGUCCAAGCAGGACCUCAAGGGGCUGGAGGAGACCGUGGCCCGUGAACUCCAGACCCUCCACAACCUGCGCAAGCUGUUUGUUCAAGACGUCACGACUCGAGUCAAGAAGUGA